AUGAGUCUGGGUGGGAAACUUGAAAAUGCUAGGAAAUUUCAUAAUAAGUUGAGCGAUUUGGAUACCCAACAGCAGAGGUUGUCUGGGGGAUUAGAUAUGGUACGCAAAACACAAUCGCUGCAAUCAUCUCUUAGAAUGCUAGAUAUGGCAAUAGAUGAGCGCGAUUACGACCAGGCUAGUUUAUAUGCUCAGAGAGCACUUAGUAUACCACAUUCCAUUAUCAAUAGCGAGUUUGCUGAUACCGUCAUACCUUCUACACAUCAUCCUGAACCACCUUUACAACGAUUAGAUAAUAGUCUAGACACUCUCAAUGAAAUAUUUAUAAAGCACUUCAAUGAUGCAAGCGCAAACCUCAAUCAGAUGGAAAUAUCGAGAUUUUUCAAGCUAUUCCCAAAGAUCAACAAAAAAUUAGAUGGUAUUACUGUCUAUUCAAACUUCGUGGUUAGUUUAAUUCAGAGGAAGUUCAAGGGUAGCUUGGAGAGCUUGAGUAGUGUGCGAAUUCUGCUUGACCACCUCGCAAACGUCAUAGAAGAUCAUCAACCUGUUGUAAGCAAGUACUAUGGGGAAGAGUACAUGUACACUGUUCUGCAGACUCUAUUGAAAGAACUGGAUGAGAAAGCGGAUAUUAUAUUCAAAAAUUGGAGCUCUGGGAUUGUCGAUAUAGAUACCAGUGAUUUCAAGUCAACAAAUGCAAUUAUCAGCCAAAUAACGUCACUUUCAUCGCAUUGGUCAGCUUUCAAGUUAUUCAUAUUGUCGAAUUUGGGAACCGAAGACAAAUACAAGCAAUUGCUUCACUCAUCACGUACAUCAGCUUUACUCAAUCAAUACCUAAAUGAAAAUUACAUAUCCUUAGAAAUGAACUACUUUAAAAACAGUUUGAGAAAAGCAAUAGAAGUUGAUGAAACAGACGAAGAUUCUACGCCAUACACCUCUUCAGUACUUGACGACGCAUUUUACGUAUACAAAAUUAUUCUGGAUAGACUUGUGGGAUGUGGCAACAUAUCGAUAUUAAAAAAUGCCCUUGGUAGUAUAACGGAUCUGUUUGAAACAGUCUUGAUCGAUAAUCUACAGUCAGAAUUCGCAAAAGCUAUCAAACCACGCACGAGCAAGAUGAUAAGCCAACAAGCCAAGACAAAUUACAACACCUACAAUACCUAUAACCAUAAAAGCAAAAUAGUAAGAGUCUCAGCUUGCCUCAAUAAUUUGGAUUUAUGUAGCGAGUACAAUAUCCGCAUACUUUCUAACCUCAUGAAUGAGAGAACGUUACAGAGAUCUUAUGAAGAUGUGGAUAUGGCGUUUGUAAGAGAUACGCUAUCAGGAUUGAAGAGGAUGUCUGAUACCGCACAAUCAUGUCUUGCUAAUUGUGUAGAUAUAUUCUUUACAUCUACAUUCAAGAGCAAUAUAAAAGAAAUUCUGAAGACUGCUAUCAACGUUACCAAUUACGAUAAAAGCGUUGAUCAUCAAUCUACAUUAUUUGUAGUUAUCUUUGAGCGUGAAUGGAGUCAACUAUUUGACGAAUGGGCCACAGGUCUUACUACUAACAACUUUGAUGAGGUUUUCGUUAAAGCUGUAACGAAUCUGAUACAAUUAUGGGAAAACAUCGUUUUCAAUUCUCGUUUUAGUGGUAGUGGUGCAAUUCAAUUUGAGAAAGACGUCCACGGUUUGUUGAGUCUCUUAAAUGGAAUGUCAACUGUUGGUAUUCGCGAGUCAUUCAGUCGUAUCAGGCAGAUCAGCUCAGUUUUGAAUGAGACUUCAGAUGAAAAUUCAAGCCAUUACUGGAAGCUGAGUAACAGCGAGAUACAAACUCUACAGUCAAUGAAGUUGUCUAAUGUCUUUUAA